AAGACUCAAAUCAACCAAGUAAAAAUUUAAAUCCAUACAACAGAAAUUUUAAGGUUACUUUUAUCGCUCAUACGCGCGAUAGCCAAUCAUCAUUCGGUAUAUACUAUUGCUUCCAGAAAAAUGGUAAUAAAUGGAAAACAAUUGGCCGUUGUGUGGACACCUGGACAUGCAUUAUCUUAUGCCGCAUUUCCUGAUGCAGCAGCAUGCACUUGCAUGCAUGCAACAGUGUGUAGGAAGCAUUAGGGAACAGUUCAUAUAACCUGAUCUGUCAAAAACUGUCCUGUAUAUAUCGACGUACUAAUAACAUAACAAAUUGUAGAAUAGAGAUUGCUGGCAUGACAAUUCUACAGAUAUCAUAAUUAUUUAUUUAAAUCAAAAGAUAUCAUUAUUUAUUAUUAUUUAUAUCAAAUAUCAUUGGAUAGUUGAACAAAGUGUAUCAUUGAGAAUAGAAACAUAAUUAACUUGGUUCACGUAAAAUUGAACUUCUAAUGUGCGUGUAAAUUCACGUUUUUUGCAGAAUGGCAUCCGAGGACGUCAAUUCUCAUACAGCAGCUUCUUCGGAAGAGGCAGGACAACCUGUCAGCAGUACCUUGCAGCAAGAAAAUAAUAAUAAGGAUACAGCUAAGCCACAGACUCAAGUGAAUCGAACGAGUAAUCUCCAAAGGAUACACCAACGCAAGCAGCAGACGUACAACUGGCCACAAGAAAAGAAAUUGUUGAAGCUCGCGAAUUAUAGUGCUUGUCAGGCGGAUGAAUGCAAAUGUACGGGCUGGAAAAACGCACAACCGUUUAUAAGAUCGCCGAAAGGCGAGAUACAACAGCCCGUUAUAAAUUUCUUUGAUCUGUGCAAGAUAUGUACUCAUCCGUUAGAAAAUCACAUCAAGCAUCUACCGGUUCAGUCAGACGAGGAAAUCAACAGAUUAUUGGGAAUGGCUAUUGACGCGGACAACAUUUUUGCGUGUACACACAGGGAGGCAGAUCCCGAUACUAAGAAAGUAUAUAUUUAUUUGUACAAAUUAUUGAGGAAUUGUAUCUUGUUUAUGACAAAGCCAACUGCGGAAGGAAGCCCGUUAGGAAAGCCACCAUUUGAAAGACCUAACAUAGCGAAGGCAGUAACAAACUUUGUUUUGUAUAAAUUUAGUCAUUUGCCGCAGAGAGAAUGGCAAGUUAUGUACGACAUGGCAAAGAUGCUUUUACACUGCCUGAAUUUUUGGAAUUUUGAAGCACCCAGUGCCAGACGGUGUCAAGCAACCAAUACAGAUGAAGCUUCUAUUUACAAAGUUAAUUAUGCCCGCUGGCUCGUCUUUUGUCAUGUACCUGCGUUUUGUGACUCCUUGCCGCAUUACGACACUCCUGUGGUUUUUGGGAAGUCUCUGUUACAAGCUGUAUUUAGAUCAGUUUGUAGACAAUUAAUGGAUAAGUGUAAUAAUGAAAGAGACAAAAUAGCACCGGAGAAGAGAGUUUUGGUUUUAACGCAUUUUCCUAAGUUUCUUUCAUUGCUGGAAGUAGAGAUUUAUUCUGAUAAAUCCCCCAUUUGGAAUCCUGACUUUAAACAACUUCUGCCUUCUCACUUUCAAACUGCCUUGGACUCAAAGGCUCAAGCAAGGAAAGCAGGAGAAUUUGAAAAGGUUACUGUCACUCCGAAUGAAAAAGAUAAUUUUACAACGAUAAAUAUUAGUUCUGGAAUCAAGAAAAUGCAGGAUAAGCGUCCAAACGCCGAAGGGCGUCUCGACGCAAAGAAGCGAAAAACUGAAGAAACUUUUCAAGAUCUUCCGGAUGAGACCAUUGCUGAAAUCGUUGCAACUAUUAAUGACACUAAUUAUAUGUCUGGUUCUGAUACAGUAUUUCCACCAAAUGUGCCACGGGACGAAACCGCUAAGAUGGAAGAAAGUAAAAAGAUAAUAGAAUUUCAUGUAGUUGGAAAUAGCCUUACACGACCAGUGUCUAAGCAGACUAUGCUUUGGCUGAUAGGACUGCAAGAUGUGUUCAGCCAUCAAUUACCAAGAACGCCCAAAGAAUACAUCACUCAGCUUGUUUUUGAUCCAAAGCAUAAAACCCUAGCCCUGAUUAAGGACGGUCGUCCAAUUGGUGGGAUUUGUUUUUGUAUGUUUCCAAGUCAAGGUUUUACAGAGAUAGUUUUCUGCGCUGUUACGAGCCAUGAGCAAGUAAAAGGCUAUGGAACGCACUUAAUGAAUAUGUUGAAAGAUUAUCACAUUAAGAACAACAUACUGCAUUUUCUUACAUUUGCGGAUGACUUCGCUAUUGGAUACUUUAAGAAACAGGGAUUUAGCAAAGAUAUAAAACUGCCGAAGUCAGUGCACCAGGGAUACAUAAAAUAUUAUGUCGGAGCAACGUUGAUGCAUUGCGAGUUAAACCCGAAAAUUGUAUAUACCGAAUUUACGGCGGUUAUCAGGAAGCAGAAGGAAAUAGUUAAAAAGCUGAUUCAUCAAAGACAACAGGAAAUACAGAAAGUGCAUCCUGGCUUAACGUGUUUUAAGGAGGGUUUAAGGGGAAUCCCUAUCGAGAGUAUCCCGGGGAUUCAUGAAACUGGAUGGAAAAGUUGCGCUCAAACUAGAACGAGGGGUGUGGCGAAAGGAAUGCAAGGUCCAGAACCAAUGGACACGAGUUUGGACGUCCCAGAAUCUCUAUGUAAUACAUUAAAUGGUGUUCUGAACAGUGUGAAAAAACACAGCACAGCGUGGCCUUUUUUGAAACCCGUAGAUAAGAAUGAUGCUCCAGACUACUACGAUCACAUAAAAUAUCCUAUGGAUCUCAAGACGAUGCAAGAUCGUUUGAAUUCAGGAUAUUAUGUAAUAAAGAAAUUAUUUAUAGCAGACAUGUUACGGAUUUUUACCAACUGUAGAUUGUAUAAUAGGUCUGACACUGAUUAUUACCGUUGUGCCAAUGCUUUGGAAAAGUACUUUCAAACGCGUAUGAAAGAAGUCGGGCUUUGGGAUAAGUAGAACUUUUAAAAUUGUUGUUAAUGAUAAUGUUGACACACACACACAAUUAAUAUUUCCUAAUUUAUUCUUAUUAUAAAGUAUUAUUGCUUUAUAAAGUAAGUCCAUAUUUUGAAAUCGUAUCGUUCUUCGUGCAAUAUUUGUGCGAUAUUUGUAUAAAAGUAAAUUUAAAUAAUAAUAUAUAUAAUAUCCACAUGUGUGAGAGUGCCUGUUGGAAUAAUUAAAAAAAAAGAAAUUUUUAUUUCUGUAGUACUAUUCUUCGAUUAUCUAUCUUUUAUUCUUUAUUUUCUUGAAAAAAUGCUUAUAUCGUAUUUAUUACAUUGGU